AUGCCUAUAUGGGAACAUGUUGGGCAUGCAUUGGCCGAUCGUCAAUCUCCGGUUCGUGUAGCAAAACUCGAUUGUACACGUUACGCCGGCACUGCAUCUGCACUGAAUAUACGCGGCUAUCCGACGAUAAUUUUCUUCCGGCAUGGUAAAGAAUUGGUGUAUGAAGGUGAGCGGAAAAAAGAGGCAAUGGUUGAUUUUGCUUUGAAAGCAUCCGGGCCUGUGAUUGGACUUAUCGAAGAUGUUCGGGAAUUGUCACAGCCAUUUUUCGUAUUUGUGGAAGGGAAACCGGAAAAAACACACACAUCUGAACUGAUUGACAGUUAUCACGAUAUAGCGGAGAAGUUGUUUUCAUCAAUACGAUUCUAUCAGGCAAAAAGAGAUGCCUUCCCGAAAGCAGUUUCUCUCCCCGAUAAUCCAGCAGUACUUGUUUUCAAAGACAACGAUUAUUUAACAUAUACAAAUGAAGGAGAUGACUUCACAGCGGAAAGCCUAAAUGACUGGAUAUACAACGAACGUUGGCCACUGAUACCACUUAUCACGUCAACAAAUAUCAAAGAAGUUGGUCGAAUGCGAAUGCUUGUUUUGGCUGUUGUGAAUAUGAUUGAUAGGAGAAACGGAACGACACAAAUUGGAAAAUUUUUUUCGGUGGUCACAGAUGCUGCUCAAACAGUACGCAAAGAUACAUAUUUGUCGUCAUAUUUUCAGUUUGGCUGGUUAGAUGGCAGUGAAAUUGCCAAUAAUAUUGCGAUGGGAACAAUAAAUCAACCA